UCUAUGGUGUCACGUUGGUGGCUUUUCGAACUAGCUUUUCGACGACAGUUACUUCUGUAGCCAGUCAGAAUACGCGUGGAUGCAUCUCACACUCUCCGACAUGAAAAUCACUGUUAAAUAACUUGAAUAUGAUAUAGUUUAUGGCUUAUGUAGUUUAGUUCUAGCUUACCUUUCAAUUUAUCGUCGUCCGUCAUCUAGAGCGACAAAGUUCAUCGUGAUGUGGCUGGUACUCUGCUCCUGGGUGACAGCGGCCAUUCUAGCCAGUGGCUCCACUGCCGUCGGGGUGAGGCCAUGCAGGCCCGCCUACUGGUACACCCGCAACGGUGUCAUUCACACUGCUUGCCAGCCACGCAAUCGCAACUGCACCAUACUCAUACGGGGCCUGUCAUACCGCGACAAGAAUGAGUUCCUGCGGCGCCACAACAAACUACGCAGUAAAGUAGCCACUGGCCGGCUCAGGGGCUUCAAGCAAGCCGCGAACAUGUACGAACUGGAGUGGGACGACGAAUUGGCCGAAGUGGCGCAGGCUUUGGCCGAUCAGUGCGGCGACAUGGUGCAUGAUAAAGCGGAUGCCAGGUUCACAAGUAAUUUCAAGGUCACUGGCCAAAACUUAGCAUCUGAGCGCCGCUCGAAUGAAGUUCGCAAGAUGGACGGCCUCCGUUUUGUGGAUACCUGGUUUAAGGAGCAUCGCGAUUACCCGCCCUCCCAAGUGAAGCACUUCCUGCCGAAUUUCAGCCGGCGGCCUACCGGUCACUUUACUCAGAUGAUAUGGGCAGACACGCAGUACCUUGGCUGUGGGUUCACCAUGUUUCGCAUGAAAGGUGACUUCGAUGCUAUGCCAUACCAAAAACACUACGUCUGCAACUAUGGUCAUAGCGGCAACAUCAAAGGCAGGCCCGUGUACAUGGAGGGCCCCACGUGCAGUCGCUGCCCGGUGGGAUCACGCUGCGUCAAACGGACCGGCCUGUGCAGGGCGCGCAAGCGGAACCAACGCGCCCUCGGCCGACCGAGAAGUAAGCCACGUGCCCGCCCACAAAACAGCGGGCUGGCUGCUGGCCGCAUGCGGCAGCAACACAUCGCUAUGUGUGCUGCGAAAGGCGGCCGCAAGUGCUGAACUCGGCGAGCGACUGUGCGGAGACCGUGUAAUCACAAAUAAAUAAAUAAAUAAAUAAAUAAAUA